AAAAAGGACUGGAUGCUUGCUUUCGUGGCCACUUUGAAUAAUGGCGGAAGAGUUUCUUGUAAAACAGAGUCUUCUAAAACGAAGGAUUUAGCUUAUUUUCUAUUAACUAGUUUUAAUUUUAGGCCAUCUAAAUAACGGAAGAUGCAGACUAAAGAUAUUUUUUCAAGGUUCAAGCAAUUUGACGCUUACCCAAAGACACUGGAUGAUUUUAGAGUGAAGACUGUUACGGGAGCAGGAGUGACAAUAAUCAGUGGAUUAAUCAUGUUCACACUUUUUAUAUCAGAGCUGAAUUACUUUAUGACUACUGAGGUUAGCCCGGAAUUGUUUGUUGACACAACUAGACAUCAAAAAUUGAAAAUUAAUAUAGAUAUUAUCUUACCGAAAUUACCAUGCGUGUAUUUAAGUAUUGAUGCAAUGGAUGUUUCUGGUGAACAGCAGUCUGAUAUAGAUCACAAUAUUUUUAAGCAAAGACUUGAUGUAAAUGGCAAUGCUAUUCAAGAUGCAGCUGUUAGAGAAAAUCUUGGCGAUGGAAGUGAGCAUGCACUGAAGUCAGUGAAGACUACGCUAGAUCCAAACAGAUGUGAGAGUUGCUAUGGUGCAGAGACAGCAGAACUACCGUGCUGUAACUCCUGUGAAGAUGUCCGUAAUGCAUACAGAGGGCGUGGUUGGGCCUUCACAGACCCAGAAAGCAUAGAACAGUGCAAAAGGGAGGGAUGGAAGGACAAGUUUCAAGAGCAGAAAAAUGAAGGAUGUAGAGUUUUCGGUUACGUCGAAGUUAGCAAGGUUGCUGGCAACUUCCACAUUGCACCGGGCAAGAGCUUUCAACAGCAUCAUGUCCACGUGAACAUGGUGAAUAUGGGCAAGGGUGCCAAAGUUUUUUCAAUUAAUUUUCAUGAUUUGCAGCCAUUUGGAGGUAUGCAAUUCAACCUAACGCACCACAUCAAACAUUUAUCUUUCGGAGAGCCGUACCCUGGUGUUCACAACCCAUUAGACGACACGCUCAUAGAUGCUGUCGAAUCAUCAACUAUGUACCAAUAUUUUGUCAAAGUUGUUCCAACUGUUUACAAGAAAUUAGGUGGUGGGGAAGUCUGGACUAACCAAUAUUCUUAUACCAAACACAAACGAAGUGUCCGGCAGUUGACUGGAGAGCACGGACUACCUGGAGUAUUUGUGUUAUAUGAACUGUCACCAAUGCUAGUUCAAUACACUGAAAAAAGAAGGUCAUUCAUGCAUUUCCUGACUGGUGUGUGUGCAAUUGUUGGUGGCGUCUUUACAGUUGCUGGCCUCAUUGAUUCGAUGAUAUACCAUUCCGCGCGUGCAUUGCAGAAGAAGAUUGAUCUUGGAAAAGCAAGUUAGGACUUGAAUUGAAAUAACUCGUAAAUAUUGUUAUGUAAAACUAGCUAUGUUCAUAAAAGGUGUAUUGUUAAUUGACGCAUGUGUAAGCAAGAUUAUGAGCUCUCACUUCGAAAAGAUGUAGAAUAUAGAAUUGCAGCUUAUCAGAACACGCGUUGGAACGAAAUGGAGAGGGCUAUCAUUCAGAAUGUUCCACCCCAACAUUGUCAGUUGCAAAAAGAAACAUUCCAGUCUAUUUUUAGAGAAUUUUAUAGAAAUAUCAACAGUAAACGGAUUUCCAAUGGUAAUGUCAAUAAGUUCAACGCUGUUUUUUACAUAUCAAUGACAUUUCUGCACGAAAUACUUUCUUUAGGUUUUUAACGAUUUGUGGUCCAAUUCUGUUACCCAAAGCCUCAAGUUUAUCUCCUGAAUUUAUCUUGGUUUUCUGAGAAUAUCUGUUAUUGACCAAAUAUAAACCCGAAGGCUCUGGCAAGAGUUUCUAUAUUCAAACAUAUGUUACAAAAUACGUUGCGGAUAGUGAACGGUCAGAGAAUGUUGUGCCCCAAAAAACUUGAGCAAGUGAACUUAGUGGAGUAUUUUAGAGUAUAAUUUAUUCUUUGCAUACAUUUGAAGCUCUCAA